CCUUACACAACAACAUGGCUGCCGACGUGCACCACAUUUCUCUCCGAGUGUCCAACGCUCGGCGCCUUGUCAAGGACCUGGUGGACAAGUUCCACUUCUCGUUAUUCACGGAGAGGGUGGGGGAAGGAGUGAAGCAGUUCGCCGUGCGCAGCGGCUCCGCGAUCUUCGUGGUAAACGAGAGAAACUCUGGCGAAGAGUUGGUGUCACAAACCGGCUUAUGCAACCACGAUGCCGGUGUCAAUGCUUUUACGGAGAGAAGAGACGGUUUGUCGAGAGAAUGUCAUCAUUUGUACGACUUUUCUGACGUAGACACGCCGGUGGACUCUGUCUGUAAUGUCGCGUUUGAGGUUGAGGACGUGGACAGCUCCUUAGAGCGCGUGGUACGGGCGGGAGGACGGGCUCUAACCGACAUCAAGGUCACCGAAGACGAGCAGGGUUCCGUAACGCACGCCGUGGUGCAGUCCCCCAUAGGGAACGUCGUCCACACGCUGUUAGACAAGAAGCUGUACAAGGGUCUGUUUUUACCCGGAUUCGACGUUAGCGCCGAUUCGUGGACCCGGAAGUCAAGUGCGAGGCUUUCCCGGUUCGACCAUGUGACGUACGCCUGUCCCAGGGGCGCGUCACCCCCCAUCCUGGAGUGGUAUGAGCGAUGUUUAGGACUGAAGAGAUUUCUGGUCAACAGGGAGGAGUCAGAGGACCAGGGGUUCAUUGUCCAGGGUACAGAUGUGGGGAUGAGGCUGAAGGCUUUUGAGUUCUGGAAAUGUGCUGAGCAGGGGUUGAGACUGCCAGGGCCAAGUUCAGACGUAAAACCAAAGGUCAAGUUCGUCAUUGCAGAACCACUACCUGGACAAGGUCCCAACCAAGUGGAGACCUUCCUGGAGCAGCAUGGCGGCCCCGGGAUCCAACACAUCGGCCUGCACUCACCUGAUAUCAUCUCCACCACCAGACAGCUGCGAGCGGCACACGUGCAGCUGCUGAAGCCACCUGACACCUACUACAGUGAAAUUGGUAAGCUGUCAGAGAUCCACCAGGUGGGUCAGUCCCUGUCAGCCCUGCAGGACAACGGAGUUCUCCUGGACGCUGAGGCUGAUGCUGCUGACGACGAGCACUGCAACAACAAUCAGAGAUACCUGAUGCAGGUAUUCACCAAGCCCAUCUUUGAUGAGGACACUUUCUUCCUGGAGAUUAUCCAGAGGUGCGGUGCGACAGGAUUUGGUGCAGGGAACAUCACAGCUCUGUGGAGAUCAGUACAAGCUUACUUAGACCAGAGAAUGCAGCUCGAGAACAGACAGAAUAACUCAUCCCAAUAAUGGCAUUUAUAGUUUGCUAUUUUCGUCUUCAAUUAUGAAUUAGAUUUGGUCACGUUCUGCACUGAAAGAGUAGCGAUAUGUGGAGAAAUUGUUUUUGCUUGUUUGUUUUUGUUAUUUAUUAUAGUUUACUCAGGUCUUUGAAUAUGUUAGCAGUACUGUAAAUCUGUAUCUGUAUCUGUAUAGCCGGUAUAACCGCCUUUCGGCGUAACACACCAGCAUGCUAAAAUAUUCAGGUGUAUGCAAUAGAUUUAUUUAGGCAGUGUUCACAUCAACUCAUAUCCACUGCAAAUAUGCACUGCAAAUAUGUGUUUCCAUUGUUGCUGCUGUACUGAAGAAUUGUUUCAACUGUGCACUUAGAAUACUAGUACCUCAAAAACCUCUUUUCACUUCAAUCCCAUGAACAUAAAGAAAUUUUCAGUAUAUUGUACUUACUAGUAAAUCAAAGAAAAUGAUAAUGGUGUUAAUACUGUAUUGACCUUUUUUGUUUCAGACAUACAAUUUUGCUCAUCACAAGAUGUAAACAUUUUAUGACAAAAGUAGAUUGUAUGUCUUUGUGUAUUUGCUAAGUUCUUGUUUGUAACUGUAUCUGAGCCUUUACUGCUUGUCAAAUAUCUGGAAAAUGUAUGGAGCUGGCUAUGUCAAAUAUCACUUACACACUGGACAGGAGCUUAUUUGUGUAGUAGUGUACAAAAUGUACUACAUGUAGUAUGAAAUACAAUCAUCGUGUUUAUCAAUGAUAUCAAGUGCAAGUGUAUAAAACUUUAUAUCAUAUGAUAAUUUCAAGAGAGUUUCAACCCUU